AUGAAUGUAUCUAGUACUACAUCAACAACAUCUUCAACAAAGACAUCAGUACUUGAACAAGACACAACAGCAUCAACAACAAACAUUGAUGUUGACCACGACGACGACCACAACGACGAAGAUGAAGAGAUAAAUGAACAUACUGCAGUUGGUACAGGCAUGUCUGAAGCCUUGACCAAUUUCUUACAGAAUAAGCCACAAGAGUUCUUGGACUUCUUAAAGGAGAAUGCUAUCCCAUUGGACUCAUACGAUGUCACCUCUCUGCCUCGUUUCAUUCGUGUCAACACACGUCUUGUAACCAACGAGGAUGAGUGGCGCACUAAACUUGAAGAACAACUACAUACCAAGUUGAUCUCACUUCCUUGGCUACCCAACUUCUAUCGUCUACAAGAUCAAGUCGGCAUAGCAUCGUCCAAAGCAUACAAGAAUGGAGAGAUAUAUGGUAUGGACGCGAGUAGUGGAGCGGCUGUGUUGGCACUCGACCCUCAACCUGGAGACAAUGUGUUGGAUAUAUGUUGUGCACCUGGUACCAAACUAUCAUUGAUCUCUGAUGUGAUGAAGGGUCAGGGUACGGUCACUGGUGUGGACAUCUCAAUGCAGCGUCUAGCAUCAUGCAAAACUGUAUUAAAGAAGUACAAGAUACCCAAUGCUCGUCUCUUUCAAUGUGAUGCCUCAACAUUCGAUAUCAAAGCACCUAUACCCAAUGAUCCCAUCCCCUUUGGUCGCGACCAACUCAACAAGAAGAAGCAACGAAUGACUGCAACUGCUGGCGAGCUCUCCUCAACAACGAACAAAGACAAUGACAAUGGCGACAACAACAAUGACAACAAUGACAAUGAUGACAAGUCCUCAACAUCAACAUCAACAUCGACAUCAGUGUUGGGCAAGAGAAAGAAUGUGUCCAAGAAGAGCACAAAGAGAGCGACGUAUGAUCUGGCAGGACUAUACUUUUGCAACACAUUCCACAUGCGCUACUCCAAUGCUCAGUUGUAUGAUCGUGUGAUUGUGGAUGCCGAGUGUAGCCUGGACGCAUCAGUCCGCCAUCUACUGCUUCACAGGAAGUUGGGGCGCAACUUCAUUCCGGCGGAACUGACCGAGCUGACCAAUCUCCAGAAAAGACUGAUAGAGACUGGCUUCCGCAUGCUUAAAGUCGGUGGUACAUUGGUCUACAGCACGUGUAGCUUCUGUCGCGUACAAAAUGAGGAUGUGGUCCAAUGGCUGCUUGACCAACAUCCAACAAUAGCCCGACUGAUGCCUUGCUUCCAGGUGGACGCCAACCACCAGGCCGUCGUCCCAUUCAGUCCAGGCCACAUACCAAACACCUAUCGCUUCUAUCCCAAGAAUGGCACCAGUGGCAUGUUCAUAUCAAAGUUUACCAAGGUUGAUGGAUAA